AUGGUCAAUGACUCUCCAGUCAUGUUCAAGUCAAAGCUUCUAAACGAUGUUCCAUUAAGUACUGCCGAAGCUGAGUAUGUGGCACUUUUGCUGUGCAUUCAAGAGAUUUUUCGGACAAAGAGAUUAUUAGUGGAGAUGAAGGUCAAGGAUGACACUUUGGUCGUUGUGCAUAAAGACAACCCGAGUGCGAUUGCUAUUGCGAAGAACGAAGGAUAUCAAAGUGGAGCGAAGCAUACUGAUGUUCGCUAUCAUUUUGUGCGUGAACAAGUCAUGGCCAAGGUCAUUCGACUGGAACAUAUUGGCACAAAGUCACAUCUUUCCCGAUUAUCUCUUACAAAGGCAAUUCCGACCAACGAGUUCCAGUUUCUCGUGGCAAAGACAAACGUCGGAGUAUUUUAG